AUGAUUCCUGCAAAUAUCUCCAUCCCACUCGACAGUGUCGCCUACGUCAACGGCAAGGUAUGGACCGUCGACGCCCACCAACCCUGGGCGGAAGCCUUCAUCGUCACGCCCUCUGCCAAAUUCGCCGUCAUAGGCUCGACCGAGGAAAUCAACAGGCACAUCCAGUCCUCGCAACUCAUCACCGUCGACCUCAACGGCUCCUUUGUUAUGCCCGGCAUGCACGACUCCCACGUCCACACCUUCCAUUCGGGCCUGCAUAUCCUCAGCGAUGUAAACAUGGACUUUGAGACCAACUCAAGCACGCUGAACAGACACAUGCACGAGGGUUUUGGCGCCUGUGCGUUUCACCAUACGUAUGAGGACUGGAUUGUUGGCGUUUUGGAUUUGGUCGAGGACUAUGAUCGUUCGUUGCUGGAUGGGGAUUGGCCUGACAAUCCCGUGCUUGUGCACGGAGGUGGCGGACACGUCAAGUAUCUCAACACUGCUGCGCUCGAGAGGCUGGGCUUCAAUGUCAGCGGGGAGGAGGAUGGGGACCGACGACUCUUUGGCCGCAGACCGGAUGGCUCCUUGACUGGGGCCAUCAGUGGGCAAAGAGCCAUGGGCGAUGUGAGCCUGGGCGUUCCGCGCCCGUCACUGUCGCAUGUCAAGAGAGCACUUUUACGGGCAUCGAAAGAGCUGCACCGCAACGGAGUGACAUCGGUCCAGGAGGCAGCUGCCGGCCGACUCUUCCUCGAGGCAGUACGCGAUCUCGACCACGAAGGCCAGCUCAAGAUGGACUACUCGACGCACAUUUUGUUCCGCAACGAAUGGCUCACAAGCGAAGUGCGGGAGGACCCAGACGAGAUCAUUGCCAUGGCAGAAGAGUAUGCGAGUACGCAUGUCGAUACCCGCUUCGUCAAGGUCAUGAUGGAUGGCGCUCCAUUCUCCAUUAAAAAUACAAUGUCGUCUCUCGACGCACAGGGCAACAUCGACACGUCGACGCUGUUGGAGCCUGCCAUUGCUGACAAGUUGGAGAAGUGGGACAGUGCGGGUAUGAGCUGUAAGAUCCAUUGCUUGGGCGACAGCGCAGCUCGACACACGCUCAACACGAUUGCCGAGAUACGAGAGAACAACCCGGCGGGGCCCCAACACGAAAUCGCACAUUGUGUUUCCGUCCAACCUGAUGACAUUGUCCGCUUCCGCGACCUCAACGUUACAGCAGAAAUGUCCCCGGCCAUGCACUAUCAGACAAAGUUCGAGCCACCCAUUCUCGGCUACAACUGGACGGGCAUGGUGGCGGCGCAGAACCUCGUGACCGUGGGCAGUGACUGGGCCUUUGGCAUGGAUCUCUCCAUCAUCUCGCAUGUUUCGCAUCUCGUCGACCAAAUUGGCGCGGAGAAGAUUAUUGAGAUGCUGACCAUCAAUGGUGCAAAGUCGGUUGGAAAAGACUCGGUGUAUGGCUCUAUUUCCGUGGGCAAGACGGCCAGCUUCAUCACCCUGGACCGCAACCUCCUCGAGGGUGAUUUUGAAAACGCAACGGUCACGAAGACGUGGUUUGAGGGAGAGGUUGUGUUUGACAUUAAUGGUGUUCAUGUUUAG